AUGUGGACGGAGAACGGGAGGGCGAAAGCUGCGCUGGGGACGCGCAUGCACGCGUUGUUCGAACGCUUUUACGUCACCGGGAAGUCGCCGCGGGAGACGACCGAGGAGGAGGCGGAGGACGACGAAAAACGCGCGGCGCUCGAGGAGGACGCGCGAACGUUCGAGAAGGAGUGGACGCAGUUCGAGCAUUUCACGCGGGAGAGAUGCGCGCGAGAGGACGUCUUGUUCGCGGAGAUGCGUCUCUUCUCGCCGAAGCAUCGACUCGCCGGGACCGCGGAUCUCGUCGCGCGCGGGUCGAAACCGAACGGCGUGAUCGUGUACGACUUCAAGCGGUGCAAGGACAGCUGCGCGGAGGACGCGUUCGUGCUCGGGUGGCCGAAAUUCGGUGAGAAAGAGUACGGAUGCCAUCGCAUCCGCGGGAAUAAUCACGGGAAAUACCGCGUCCAGUUGAACGUCUACGCGGAGCUUCUGCGCAUGAACUACGGCGUCGACGUCGAGGCGAUGUACAUCGUGCGAUGCCACGGCGAGCGCGUGAAGGGCGACGCCGCGGAGGUGAUCGAGGUCGCGCGGUGCGACGACGUCGUGGCGAUUCUGUUGGAGAAGCGCGAGCGCGAGUUGCGGGUGCGGCGGCUGUUCGCCGCGGCGGCGGCGGCGGCGCGGACGUGCGUGCACUUCGCGCGGCGGCGGCGGCGCGCGGGGGGGGACGACGCGGCGGCGUGACGGACGGAUGGGGUACGCGUGGCGGGUGAUGCGAGGGUGUCGCGCGCGCGUCGCGGGGUGUCGCGCGCGCGCUGGACGCGAGUUGACGCCAGUAGCGUGCAAGUGUUGUAAGUAAAGGCCACGUGUCCG